AUGGCGUCUGGAGAGCCAGCAACGAAGAAAUCGAAGACUGAUGCUCUGCCAGAGCAUCUCAGCGGAAUACCCGAAGAGACUAAAAAAGUGUUGAUCGAGAUUGAUGCUGUACAAAAUGAAAUCGACGGUUUGAAUGAGAAAGCCUCCGAAGAAAUACUGAAGGUCGAACAAAAGUACAAUUUACUGCGUCGUCCUCAGUAUGAGAAACGAUGCGAGAUGAUCAAGAAGAUUCCCAAUUUCUGGUGUACUGCUUUCCUCAACCAUCCUCAACUUUCGUCCAUAAUUGAUGAAAGCGAGGAGCAAGCAUUGACACAUCUCAGCAAUAUUGAGGUGGACGAAUUCGAUGAUAUCAAAAGUGGUUUUCGUUUGCGAUUUUUCUUUACGCCCAAUGAGUUCUUCGAGAACGAAAAAAUAGAAAAAGAGUACAAUCUUGGAGACACCCCAUCAACCACAGGCACUACCAUACGGUGGAAAGAGGGCAAGAAUUUGGGCAAGAAAGGUGACUCAUCAUCACCGCUGUCGUUCUUCGAGUGGCUUUCAGAAAACGUCGAUCCUGCACACGAUGACAUAGCUGAGGUCAUCAAAGACGAUAUGUGGCCGAACCCUCUGCAGUAUUACCUGUUGCCGGAGAUGGAAGAGACUGGUGACGAUUUUGAGGAGCUCAUUGAUGAUGAGGAGGGACUGGAGGAAGUGGAUGAUGAAGGAGGUUCAGAAGGUGAAGAAAACGAUGCAUAA